UGCUUUCAGCCAAUGGAUCUCAUCCGUUAGAUCGAUGUGGACAAACAUGGGAAAACAAAACCGGAGGGUACGAUUUAGGACCUGCUUGGAGCAAUCGGCGCCAAGAGCGGCGUCCGCAGGCUCCUCCUCCUCCUCCUCGAUUUCUCCGGCCACUUCUUGGCCUCCGCCGCCACCUUCGUAGAGUCCCCGGCGUUUCGAAUACUCCUCUCCUCCGUUGUCCCCGACGACGCGCCAGCGGUGCUCCGGAAGUCCGAUCACGGUGGAGGGUGAAGAGUUCCGCACAACCCCGCCGGAACCUUGAGAAGAGAUAGGCAGUUUCUGCUCAUAUUUUGCUUGAAGGUGACAGAGAUAGCAUAUACGCACCGUGGUAGCUCGCGAGCUCCGUUUAUAAUCUCGUGAUCCGAAACGCCUACUCUAAAAUCCUCAAAACCCCUUCUUUCUUUGGCGGCGCCUCUUCGCCACCGAUGGAAGUGGUGAUCGCCUCCUCCCCGGUGGACGUCGGCAUCGGUUGUUGGGACCUACGCUCGGGCUCCGAGCAGCUCCGGUACCGCUCGUGCUCCUCCGCUCCACAUGGCCUCCUCUCCAUAGCCGGCCGCUUUCUCGCUUCCUCGCCGCUCCGCGAUUCCCCUUCCUCCGCCUCUUGCCCCAUUUUCUUCUGGUCCUGGGAUAAGCCUCAGGUGGAAGUUAGGAGCUUCCCGGCUGAGCCGAUUGGACCGCUUGUUUCCAAUUCAGAAGGCACUUACAUCAUGGGAGGAGGACCAUCCGGCAUCAUCUACCAAUGGGAGGUAGAGGGGCGGCCGAAGGCUUAUAAGUCCCAUUUUAGUUGGGUUGGUGGCCUCUUUAGGCUUGUAAAUAAAUGUUGUAUCAUGUGAACACGUUCGAGAGCUUUUCGGUCUGUAAUGGAUCAUUUUACCCUUUGUUGUGCAACUAUUCAGAGCUUGUAAAGUCUGUUUGUAAUUUGCAUUGUCUAUGAAGUGUUUUUCGGACA